CGCGGCGCCCCGACACCCGAGAAACUUUUCCUAGCGGGAGGCCCCGGAGCCCGGCGCGGAGGGGGAUGCGCCCCGCGGCGUGGAAGCGGGAGCUCGAGCCCAGGAGGACCGCCCAGCCGGACAGUAGACUCCAUCGCCUUCCAGGCUGACCAGGACCGGGAUGGCCAAUGUGAAUCCUACCAGCCGUCCUCACUAUGCUUCCUCCAUCCCUGUGCCUCGGGCUGCCUCCCAGACCAGGAUCCCAACCCCAGGUGCCUCUCCUCAACUGCGGCCACGCCAGUCUGGCUUGGCCUUGAGCCCCCAACGAGCAGCCUCCCCCAGACUGGGCAAAUCUGGGGGUCCUCUCAGAAGCUCCUCACCUAAAGCCUCCUGGGGGAGCUCCCCCAAGCUUUCUGGGGGAGUGAGAGAGUCUGGCGAGGCCAGUGAAGGCCUCCCCAGUUCCCCAUGGAGCAGCCCCAGGACUGCCCCCAAAGCCUCCCUCUCCAGCCGAACUGGGUCCAGAAGAGUCGGGGAAACUCAGGGCACCCCCGGCAAGAAGAAGGUGGCCCACGAUGUGCUUCCAAUCAAUCAGACCCGGGGCAGGAGCCCGGCCCGGACACCAGCCCGGACACCAUCUCGGGGAGAGGCUCAUGUGUCAGCAGCUCCUGAUGCUCUGAAGCCCCUUAGCUGUGUAGGGAAAGAGGAAAGAGAUGGAAAUCUCGGGAGAUCUGGGUUUCACCGGACAUUGGAACCAGAUGAUGGGGCAACUUUGGGGAUCUCCUCCACAAACUGCAGUUCAGGGCAGAGCAAACAACCUUCUCCUGUCCCCGGAGCCAUCGGCUUCUCUGCCCAUCAGCAGAGCCAACCUGUCAUGGCCACUGUGGCCCCCUUCCAGUACAGAGACCCCCAUUUCACAGCUUCCCCUGGACCCCAUCCCCAGAACUCGUCCGCCUGGACUCCGCGUGUCCCUGGAGAGAAAAUAGCUCUCGCACACUCCUCCCCUCCCGGCCGUCCCCAGCCUCGCCCGCCCCUCCUGCUCCGCUUCGAGCCGCAGCCCUCCGCCUCUGCUCCAGCGCGCAGCCGGGCAGGGAGGGCACCGCCCGCGGAUCAGACGGGCGGCUUGGCGGCAGGGGGGACCGAGACCUGA